GUUUUACACUUACCAGUUGCAUUUGCUUGAAAGUUUCUAAAGCCUUUUCAGCAAAUCUAUUUUGUAAAUUAUUCUGCAAUCAGGACAUUCCAUUAGAACACAAUUCUUUCAGGCAUUAUGUUAAACAGUUCACGUGCCUUGUGUAUGCUUCCACAUUUUGCAUAUCCUGAAAUCAUGGCAUUCCAUAAGAUGACAUCCCUUUGAGGCAUUAUGUCAAACAGUUUGCUUGCCUUAUCUACGCUUGCACAUUUUUCGUACACGUCUAGCAGAGAAAUUGCAACUGUAACAUUUGACGAAAUUCCUUUAACCUUUAAUCAUUUGACGAAUGACUAUACCCUAUUCCAAGCUUCCAUUUUCGCACAGGGAGGGAGGAUGCUGGCAAAGUUUGCGGAGUCUGGUUUUACACCUGCCAAUUGCAUUUGCUUGAAAGUUUCUAAAGCCUUUUCAACAAAUCCAUUUUGUGUAUAUCCUUCAAUCAUGACAUCCCAUGAGAUAGAAUUACUUUGAGGGAUAUUGGGCUGCUGCUGACUGUAAUAGUUAACGGGACUAUAUAGAGGAAUGGAAACCGUGUAGCAAAAGGAAACGAAUAAACGGAACCCACAUGUACCACCUAAGCAAUGAAAGCUUAGAGUAUAUUAUUUAAGCUCGACUCCAUUGCAAAAAUUAAACUGGGCUAAUGGAAAUGGCUGAGCUCUCCUUUAAUUUGCUCCUUCCCUGUGUUAGCCUAGUUGUCAGCGUCUUUUUCUUACUGCAGCUUUUCUUUCGUGUUCGACAGAAGGGUAAAUCUGAGAACCCCACUCUCCUUCCUGUCUUGGGCAUACUUUUUCCAUUGAUAAAAAACCGUUACAGGUUGCAUGAUUGGAUUACAGAUUUACUCUCAGCUUCUCCUUCUAAUACAUUCAAAUACCAGAGGCCAGGAGGAAUUAGAUCGUAUAUCACAGCCAAUCCUGCAAAUGUGGAGUAUGUGCUCAAAACCCAUUUCGAAAAUUACAGGAAAGGGGAACGCCUCAACAUUAUUCUACACGACUUUUUGGGCAGAGGAAUUUUCAAUUCCAACGGUGAGCUGUGGAAGAUGCAGAGGAAGGUUGCAAGCUACGAAUUCAACACUAAAUCGUUCAGAAAUUUCGUAGUGGAGACGGUGCAAUCAGAAAUUUUGGAGCGUCUCAUACCUGUCCUCUCCAAGGCCUGCAAUGAGGGAUUCUCCAUUGACUUGCAAGAUGUUUUGCAGAGAUUCACCUUCGAUAAUAUUUGCAAAGUUGCCUUCGGAGUGGAUCCUGCUUGUCUGGAGCCUUCUCUCCCCCAAUUACCCUUUGCCAGGGUUUUUGGGGAUGCAACAGAAUUAAGCUUCGGGAGAUUUCUGUACGGCGUGCCCUUUCUCUGGAGAAUCAAGCGUGCCCUUAACCUAGGUUCAGAAAGGCGGCUGCGCAGGGCGAUUCGUGCGGUGGAUGAUUUUGCUAUGAAUUUAAUUCGCUCUAGGAGUAAAGAAAUCGCCGAGAUUCAAUUAAAGGGAAGCGAUUCCCCGAGAAAUGAUCUCCUUUCCAGAUUAAUGGCAGCAACUAACGAAUUUGAAACAGAGACUGUUGAAGAUGAGGAUAAAUACAAAUCUGAUGCUUUUCUCAGAGACAUGAUUGUGAAUUUUAUGCUGGCCGGAAGAGAUUCGCCUUCGACUUCACUGACCUGGUUCUUCUGGGUGCUUUCAUCACAUCCGCAAGUGGAGUCAGCCAUCCGCCAUGAAAUUCUGCAGAUUUUAUCAAAAAGAAAAGGGGAAAUGGAAGCAGAACCAAAAGGGGGAUUCAACAUCUCGUUUACAUACGAGGAAUUCAGGGAAAUGAAAUAUCUUCAUGCUGCCGUGUGCGAAUCUCUCCGCCUGUACCCUCCUGUGCCUCUUGAUUCCAGAUCAGCAAUUCAAGAUGACAUUUUGCCUGACGGUAGUUUUGUGGGCAAAGGGUGGGGUGUUGACUACAGCAUUUACGCCAUGGGCAGAAUGGAAAGCAUCUGGGGAGCGGAUUGCCUGGAAUUUAAGCCAGAGAGAUGGUUUGUGGGUGGAGAAUUUGUAAGAGAAAAUCCUUACAAGUUCACUGUUUUCAAUGGCGGACCUCGCAUAUGUCUGGGAAAGGAGAUGGCCUUCAUUCAAAUGAAGUCGAUCGUGGCUUCCAUAAUUCAUAAAUUUAGCUUGGAGGUCGAUAAGAGCUUUGUUCCCACAUAUACACUUGACUUCAAUAUGCAUAUGAAGGGAGAAAUGCUGGUUACUGUGAGGACAAGGUAAUUUCCAGAAUGCACAGAGAUCUGAAACUAGUUUAUGUUUCAUUAAUCUUCACUCUUUGUUUGAUCAUGUUAGUUACGUGAUUAUUCAUGACUUAUCAUCUUUCACUACCAUCAAAGAACAUUUUUGAAAAAAAGUUUGGAGUGAUUCAAAAUAUUCUACACAGUUGAAACCAGUUCAGACGUAAAUGAUAUGAAUUACAAUGGACUCUGGAAAUCUAAUUUCUCUAAAAUGAAAUAAAAU